UUCUGGGUGUAUAGCGUUAUAGGGACGAUAACAGUUUACAGUUAUAUAGUAUAGGGAUGAUGGUGAGAUACCGUUACUGAUUAUAAACGGGGGUGGACUUGACUAAAACUGAUGGUGGUGAAGCUUGUAUCUGACGAUUUAGAUGAUAUGUAUAAAAGCAGUGAAGGGUGAUUUGGAUAAAAACACCAACUAGAAGAAUUUUGCAUUUAGGCACACAGAGAGUUCAGUUAUAAUCCAUGACGCAAUAACGCAACACAGUGAUAUGAAAAUACAUGAAUGGAGGUGGCGCUAUCCAAUCCUAGUAUGUGACUGUCUGCUGGCCCUAGGCUGUUACUAUAAUAUUGGCGUUCCCAGUGCUUUGCAGGCCGACAUUCAGGGAUCAGGGGAUUAUAAUUGUACACACAACAAUGUCUCUGGAUCUGCUCAUGCUACCUGCUGUGAGGAGUGUCUAGGCCUUGGUCCUCAGAAGUACAACCUCCUGUUCUCCGUUCUGUCAUGGACGUCAGCGAUCGUCUCAAUACCAGGAGGGUUCUUCAUAGACAAGAUAGGAAACAGGGCCUCUGCCGUGUUGAUCCCGACGAUAUUCUCCACGGGUAUGCUGCUGUUUGCGUUGGCGGGGUCCCCGGUUAUUCGGGGUACGCCCUAUAUGUUUCCCCUUAUGCUAAUUGGCAGGAUGACUCUCGGCUUCGGCACUGGUCCUGGAAGAGUUUUACAGAACCGGGUGGUGUCUUUCUGGUUUAGAGACAACAGCGUAAUGCCUGUUAGCUUCCUCAUCUUCACUAUAAGGUCGGGUAACGUCCUAAAUUUCUUCCUCACCGCUAACCUUGCGCAGUGGUUCGGGCUGCCCUGGAGUCUAUGGAUUGGGGCGCUCGUCUGCUGCAUCGGGCUGGUAGCAGGUAUCGGUCUGGCCGUCCUCGACAGCAUCGGAACAAAACAACUGGACGAAGAGGCGCGCAAACAAAUGGAAUCAAAGCCAAUUAACUUAAGAGACAUGAAGAGCUUCCCCUCCUCCUACUGGUAUCUGAUCGUGAUGCUCACCUGUUUCUACAGCUCUGUCAUUCCCUUCGUCUCCAAUGCCACAAAAUUUUUCCAGGACCGUUAUGGUUACUCCAAGACUGAUGCAUCUUACGUCAAUGGCGCUGUAUACGACGUGGCGCUGCUGGCUCCAAUCUUUGGGAAAAUACUGGAAAAGAUAGAUUGCCAUGGUAUCGUGGGAAUGGUGGCAACCUUAGUGACAAUACCUGUGUACUUGACGCUCGCUUACGUGUCGCAGGUGUCGCCACUAGCUAUGUCCAUCUGUAUCGGCGUCACCUUCAACUGCAAUGCGAUAAUCUUGUGGCAGGCUAUGAUGGCAAUGAUACCCCCGACGUCGUACGGGACAGCGGCCGGUCUGGCGUCCAGCUGUAUGGGAAUAGGUAUGGGGACGUCCGCCCUUAUUGUGGGCACCAUCCUUGGACAAAAAGAGGAGAAGGAUGUAGAUGUCCGGCUCCAGAAGUACCAGUAUAUGCUGUUGUUGUUCGCCUGUCUCACUGCAUUGUCUUUCCUAAGUGCAGUCUUCAUGAACGUAUCCGAUAUACGAUCAGAGUGCAAUAUAAACAGACGACUUCGUAAACGUACACCACCAUUGGAUAAAACUGGAUCUGAAACCGACCCACUUAUCUCAGAUAAUUCUGUUAAUAAAUAACGUUACAAUAUGUGCG